AUGGACGAUUUGAGCCGUUCCUUUUUCAAGGAGCAAGUCAAAUUGAAGGAAACCAAUAUAGCUGCAUUCUUAGAUGCCGGACUGGAUAGCUUGGGCAAGCUUGAUGAGAUAGACAAAGUCAAGAGCGAUUGCAAGUACCUAGUCUCGCUCUCUCAACCCUGUCUCAUCAGUCAACAGCGGAUGGAGACCAUUCGAAACCUCUACUACAACCUGGACAAAUGGUCUGCCGAGUACUCAAAUUCUAGUGAAAUUCUCAACCGUUAUGGCGAUCUCAAACUCCUACAAGAGAGCCAACAAGCAGAAGCAGAUGCUAAAUUAAACGAUAUACAUGCCAUACAAGAGUCUGAGGGAGAGAUUCUGCAUGAGCUCGCAGGAGCAGAGGCAAAACUCCUGGAUUUAGAGAAGCAAGUACUAGAAUAUAAGAAGUUCGUAGCCGACCGCAAGAACCGACUUGCUUCCACUCAAUCCCAAAUAUUGAAGCUAUGUCUGGAUGUACAAGCAAUGCAAAUGAAUGCAAUUAAGGCUGCUGCAGACCAAAAGUCUCUGGCAGAUGAAGUGGAGAAGGCGAAGAGAGAUCGGAGUCACCUUGAGGAGCGCUGGCAGAAUAUCUCCUCUGAGUUACGACUUAAUUAG